CCAACUCGACGGAGAUGAAAACCCCGGCGUCGAAAUCGCGGCUGCUCCACGGACGUCUCAGAGCGCCGUUGGCGAGACGGUGAGCGAUUCCCCGGUGAAUACUACGCCGGCAGUACGGACUCCAUCCGAAACGACGGGAGAGGACGCCGGCGAAGAAGCGGUACGCGUUUUCGUGAGAAGCAAGGGCGUGAUGUGGGUAAAAUUCUUCUGAAGCGUGUUCGACGCCGGAACAACCGGAACUCGUCGGAGUUUCUGACGGCGGCGGCGGCGGCGUGCCGUUACAGAAUCUAUGGCGCAUCCGUAUGAGGAGUACGCUGUGGUGGCGGCGGAAGGGAGAGAUGAGCAGCUGACGUGUCAGGUUUUCUCUGAUCUCCAUAUUAUUGUUAGCUAUAGAGUAUGUAGUACGAAGUAUUUCGAAUUAGUUUAAUCAAUGUUUAAAUUAAGAGUUAAAUAGAGGAAAAGAUCUAAAGAGUUUCUAUUUGAUUGAGAUUGAAAAAAUUACUUUAUUAGAACCCUCCAAUCAUGGCUAAGUGUUCUCCCUAGUGUUCUAGGGUUAUUUCUUUCGUCUCCCUAGCUUUUCUAGGGUUCUACUCGCCGAUUCUUCUCUCGGAUUGUGCUCUCAUGGAAGGCGGCGAUGUUGAUGGCUUGAAUCAAAGGGUGUCUGGGCUAGAUCUGGAUGACGAGGCUGAGGGGCUCUCCUUUUUACCGGAGGGCGGGGCUCCUGUGCCGACGGUAGAGUUCCGAACUUGGACAAUCGCGGGUCGAUUUCUCUCCAAUAAGGUAAUUAAAUUUGACAUUAUGCAACGGGUUAUGGCAGCGGCUUGGAAGUCGGCUAUGGGUGUUCGAAUUGUCCAGGAGGGAGAGGUGUUCCUGUUUCACUUUUAUCAUGUUAAGGACGCGACCCGAAUCAUCGAGGAGGGUCCGUGGUCUUUUGAUAAUGCUACGUUGGUCUGUAAACUCCUUGACGAAGGGGAGAAGGUUUUGGCUACUGAUCUGAAUUGUGCAGAGAUGUGGGUUCAAGUACAUAAUUUGCCCUUUGGUUAUUCAUCCCCGGCUAUUUUAGAAGCUAUUGGUAAUUUUGUUGGUGGGUUUGUGAAGAUUGAUGUCAGUCCUAUUCCUCAGACCCAAAGGCCCUAUUUUAGGGUUCGGGUGGCGGUGGAUGUGCGAAGGCCACUUCGGCGUAAGAUGAAGCUCACGAAAAGAGAUGGGUCGGUGGUUUGGGUUCAAUUCCAGUUUGAACGUCUCAAUAACUUUUGCUUCUUUUGUGGCGUCAUGGGACAUCUUGCAAAGCACUGUAGAGGGGCAGUUCUGUCUUCUUUGGAACCAGAGGAUUACCCGUUUGAUGCGUCCCUAAGGGCUGGUGGAAGGAAAAAGGAGUCUGGUCUUGGUUUGCCGUGGCUUCGGUUUCAGGACCCUUGGGAGGGGUGUGGGGAGCAGGUUGGAACCUCUUCACUUGUGCAAAAAGUUAUACCGGAGGAGGAGGUAGAACUUGAAGUUGUGGCAAAGAGGAAGAGGGGUACGGAGGGUGGUGCUAUGUUGGGAAGAGACUUGGAUAUCUCUAUGAUGGAUGGUUCAAAAAACUUGCAAGCGGCGGGUUCUGGCUUCCAGGCCCGCCGGGGACAAUGAGUAUCCUAAGUUAGAACUGCCGUGGGUUGGGCAACCGACGGACUGUUUAGGAGUUGGCAGACCUUGUGUCUGCAAAGAAGCCCGACUUUAUUUUUCUUUUGGAAACUAAAGGUGCGAGAGGAAAUGCGGAAGAGUUGAAGGUCAAGAUUGGUUUUGAGGGGCUCUUUGUUGUGGACAGUGUCGGGUUGAGUGGUCGGCUGGCACUUCUAUGGAAGGAGAAUUGUACGGCUAAUCUCAUUAGCUACUCUAGAUAUCAUAUUGAUAUUGUUGUCUCUCUUCAGAAUGUUGUACCUUGGAGAUUAACUGGAUUUUAUGGUAACCCUAAAAGGGAUCAGCGUGGCAUCUCUUGGGAUCUUCUUCGGUCUCUUAAACAUCAUUCCUCGUUACCUUGGGCUGUUAUGGGUGACUUUAAUGAUUUGUGUUCGGUUAGAGAGAAGAAGGGGGGCUGCCCUCAUCCGAUUUCGCUUAUAUCAGGGUUCAAUCAAGCUCUUGAGGAUUGCGGUCUCUUCGAUUUAGGGAUGAUUGGUUAUCCCUUCACUUGGGAACGAGGUCGUGGUUUGCAUAAUUGGGUUGAGGAACGACUUGAUCGUGUCGUGGUCUCUGGGGCGUGGAGGGAUUUGUUUACACAAGCCUGUGUGUUCAACAACUUCAUGAGAACUUCUGAUCAUGCAGCGUUACACUUAUGUCUUGACCGUGCGGUUCGGGUGCACAGGGUUAGGAGAUUUCGGUUUGAAAAUGCUUGGAUGCGUGAUACUGGUUUUAAGGAUGUCCUGACAGAGGCUUGGCGUGAUUCGACUGGGGAGCCUUUCUCAAAUAGACUGGCUGCUUGUGGAAAGAGACUGAUGCGCUGGGGAGGGGAUAAAUUCCAACAUUUUGGUAAAAGGCGUAAAGAACUGGAAAAACUGAUUGGUGGUAUCAGGGGGAAGCGUGAUGACCAGAGUUUUUAGCUCUUAAUCGGGCUGAAAAAGAGCUUGCCUGUUUAAGGGACCAAGAGGAUCUAUAUUGGCGACAAAGGGCGAAGCAACAUUGGCUUAAUUCUGGUGAUGCUAACACCCGUUUUUUUCACCAAUAUGCGUCUCACCGAAAGCGAAAGAAUUUUAUUCAUGGGCUUAAGGGUUCGGAUGGAGUCUGGCAUGCUGGGGAUUCUUUAAAAGCUUUGAUUACUAAGUAUUUUAAGGAUAUCUUUACGUCUAAGGGGGUUGCUGACUCCUCGUUUUUUGACUCCAUUGUCCCGCGGGUUUCGAGAGAACAAAAUGAAGGGUUGCUGGCUUAGUUUGGUGAGGAGGAAGUUAAGCAGGCUAUUUUUUCUAUGCACCUGAUGGGAUGAAUCCUGCCUUUUUUCAGAAAAAUUGGGGAGUGGUGGGCCAGGACCUGACAAGGGCUGUUCUGGAGUGUAUUC